CAUUACAAUAAGACGUUAAUAUAAGUUUCAAUAAAAUAAUAUAUACUUUAGCACAUUCAGUUGGCGUGGCAGUCUUAAAAAUAUUUUGCUUUGUUAUUUUAUCUCUACACUACGCGAGACUAUUUAAUCAAUAACAUUCUAACAACGGUUACCAAAGAUACAGUUGAAAUGGCUGGUAAAGGUAAAGGAAAGAAAAAAGAAAAGAAAGACAAAGAAGAGGCGGUUGGAAUAGAUCUAGGAACGACUUAUUCCUGUGUUGGAGUAUUUAUGCACGGAAAAGUUGAGAUAAUCGCCAACGACCAAGGUAACAGAACUACGCCUUCGUACGUAGCCUUCAAUGAUAACGAAAGGCUUAUCGGAGAUGCAGCAAAAAAUCAGAUAGCGAUGAACCCAAAAAAUACAGUAUUCGACGCAAAACGUUUAAUCGGUAGAAAAUUUGAUGAUCCUAAAAUUCAACAAGACAUUAAACACUGGCCAUUUGAAGUAAUUUCGGAUAAUGGUAAACCUAAAAUUGUAGUUGAAUACAAAGGCGAAAAGCGACGCUUUACUCCCGAAGAAAUUUCUUCUAUGGUUCUAACUAAAAUGAAAGAAGUCGCCGAAACCUUCCUCGGAGGUAUUGUAAAAGAUGCUGUUAUAACUGUACCAGCAUAUUUCAAUGAUGCUCAACGACAAGCAACAAAAGACGCUGGCGCUAUUGCUGCUUUAAAUGUGCUAAGAAUCAUCAAUGAACCAACCGCUGCCGCACUUGCUUACGGACUGGACAGAGACUUGAAGGGAGAAAAGAAUGUACUUAUAUUUGACCUCGGUGGCGGUACAUUCGAUGUGUCAAUUUUGCAAAUAUCUGAAGGUUCUUUGUUCGAAGUGCGGUCAACAGCAGGUGAUACACAUUUGGGAGGUGAGGAUUUCGAUAAUCGAAUGGUAGAUCAUUUUAGCCAAGAAUUUCAAAAAAAGUACAAAAAAGAUAUUAAAAGUAACCCGAAGGCUUUGAGGAGAUUGCGAACCGCAUGUGAACGAGCUAAACGAACGUUAUCAUCAAGUACAGAAGCUAGUUUAGAAGUAGAUGCUUUACAUGAAGGUAUUGAUUUCUAUGCAAAAAUAACAAGAGCACGGUUCGAAGAGUUAUGUUCCGAUUUAUUUCGUCAGACGCUUGGACCAGUUGAUAGAGCUCUUAAAGAUGCGAAAUUAAAUACGAGGGAAAUACACGAUAUCGUAAUGGUUGGUGGUUCAACGAGAAUUCCGAAAGUUCAGAGAUUGUUACAGGAUUUCUUUAAUGGAAAAGUUUUAAAUCUUUCUAUAAAUCCUGACGAAGCAGUUGCAUAUGGUGCUGCCGUGCAAGCAGCCAUUUUAACCGGUUCUAAAGACACUCGCAUCCAAGACGUUCUACUUGUCGAUGUUAUUCCAUUAUCGCUCGGAAUAGAAACAGCUGGAGGCAUCAUGACAAAGUUGGUAGAAAGAAACACGAGAAUACCGAUUGCGCAAAAGAAAAUUUUUACAACUUAUGCUGAUAAUCAACCCGCUGUCACGAUUCAGAUAUUUGAAGGAGAGAGAGCAAUGACCAAGGAUAAUAAUUUGCUCGGAACUUUCAAUUUGUCGGGAAUUCCACCUGCUCCGAGAGGAAUACCGCAAAUUGAAGUUACCUUUGACAUCGAUGCUAAUGGUAUCCUUAGUGUAAGCGCACAAGAUAAAAGUACAGGUCGAUCAGAACAAAUAACAAUAUCAAAUGAUAAAGGACGUCUCAAUAAAAGUGAAAUAGAGAAGAUGCUUCAAGACGCUGAAAAAUUUAAAAAUGAAGACGAAAACGCACGAAAAAGAGUCGAAAUUAGAAAUCAGUUAGAAGCGUAUUUGUUUGGAUGUAAAACGGCUGUUGAGAACGCCGGUAACAGAUUAACAGACGAUGAACGUAACGCAGUUAUAACGGAGUGUAACAAUCAACUGCGUUGGUUGGAAUCAAACCCAGAUGCUACAUUAUCGGAUUUAGAGCAACAUUUGAAAUCAGCUCAAAGUGUCUGCCAAUCUGCCAUGAUGAAACUUCACGGAGCCAGUGGACCUAGUUAUGCAAGACCUGUUAGUUCUGGCGGACCAAGAGUCGAAGAGAUAGAUUAAUAUUUAAAGUUAGAUUUGAGUAGAAACAAUAAAAAACUGUUCAAAAUCCAAGCUAUGACAACAUUCGUAGGGUCGCUAUAAAAUUUAUGACUCAAAGAUUACAAAUAAUAAAGCAAUACAAUAUAUAUUC